GGAAUCUCUGCCGCUGCAAUCUACCAUUAAUGGCGCAAGGGCGGCCUGAGUCAGAAGGUGGAGCCAUGGCCAUGGCCACCUUGGCGAAAGCAGCUUCGUCUUCCACAACUCGAGACCCUUCUUGCUCAUUCCUGAGGACCAUGUCUGCCCAAUUCUCGAGUGAUCAACAGCACAUAGUUUGUUUGGAUACAAUCUCGCUCAACUCAUGCUUCACAUUAGUUAUGGCGGGUCUCAUUUAGCAUACUAUCUAAGUGCCGAACGGGUGAGCGUUAAAGCGCCACCACCACUCAAAAGAUACUUCUUUGGAAUAGGGAGGAUGGGCCGCAGCAAGCAACCAGAGGAUCAUGUGGAGAGUGAAGACGAGGACGGGGAAGAUCUAGGGCCAUGGACCCGCGUGGAGUCUCUCAAGCCAGCUGGCGACAUCUGGGUGGAUCCUGAGGCUCCAACCGCCCAGCCGUCGUGGGAGGUUCCUCAUGGGGAGACAGGGGAGAGUGCAGAAGACAAGGACGCCAGCAGCACAGAGCUGUAUGCAGCGGGGGAAGUAUGGGAGGAGCUCAUUGUGUACAAAAAGUCGAUCAUCAAGCCGUCCGACAUCAAUCAGGGAGGGCUGGGCGACUGCUGGUUCCUCUCCGCCAUAGCUGCACUCUCAGAGGAACCGAAGCGAGUCCGGUCCUUGUUUUUGAACAACAUGGCACAUGAUGAUGGGGGCCUCCGCAUCAAGUUCUACAAAAGUGGCAGAGAGGUGGUGGUAUCCGUGGAUGAUCAGUUGUACUUCAACGAAGAGGAUGAUUUGUUCUACGCGUCCAUCAAGGGGAACGAGAUGUGGGUGCCGCUUCUAGAAAAGGCGUAUGCCAAGCUGCACGGCAGCUACGCCGCGCUGUCGGGGGGCUGGCCAGAGGAGGCCAUGGAGGAUCUCACGGGCUGCCCCGGAAAGUGCUACGAGAUCGCAGAUUUUGAAGGAGAUUUGUGGGCGUCCAUUCUGUCGUGGCACGCCGAGGGCUACCUGCUGUGCUGUAGCACGGGGACCGUCAAGAAGAAGAAGGCCAAGGGCAUUGUCGACAUGCACGCAUACACCAUGCUCACAGCGCAGGAGGCCCACGGGUUCAAGCUGGUACACAUCCGCAACCCGUGGGGCGAGGGCGAGUGGAAAGGCGCAUGGUCCGACAACAGCCCGCUGUGGGAGCAGUACCCGGACAUCAAGCGCGAGCUGUACGACGUAAAUGCGGACGACGGCGUUUUCUGGAUGGCGUUCGAGGACUUUGUCAAGGUGUAUGAGACGGUGCACGUGGGCUUCGUGACGGAGACUGCGCGCGGCCGGCUCCCCGCGGCCUUCGACGAGGACACCGAGACGCUGAGCUUCUCCUUGACGGUGACGGACGCAGACACAGUCUUCGUGCAGGCGCACCAAGAAGACCCCCGCAUGGAAGGCAGCCGCGAGGACAUGCUGGCGCUGCGGGUGACGAUUGAGGACGCCGCAGAGGAAGAAGUCUUCACCAACGAGAGCGAGGCAGGUGACCGGUCCGUAUUGGUGAUCGCCACCGACUUGCAACCGGGGGAGUACACCGUGUACGUGGAGGCCGUGGAUGGGUGCCCGGAGGACGACCGCCGGUUUGUGUUGACCGCUCACUCGAGCGAAAAGGGGGUCAAGAUAGAUGGGCCGUUUGAGAACGAGGAUGAGGAAGACGAAGAAGAGGAUUAGGACGCGCGCUUAGCGGGGCGUUUUAAGCAACUGAUAUUGGGUUGUGCGGGAUGGGGGCGCAUUGUGUGUUGAGUCGCGGGGUUGAGUUGCUUCUGGUGAAAGUGGGAAGCACUCGAGGUAAUUGGUUUAUUUGCGGUUGUUGGACUGAUGUUGCGAUACUGCGGGAAACAUACUGCCAAUAAGAGGUGAGUAACUCAGGUUACUAUAUAUUCAAGAGCUGCGGCAUGGCACGCAUGAAGACUGCGUACUAAGCAGAGCGCCGCCAAUCCCUGGUGCAAACGCGGAUAGACAUAGCCUUACGUAAGGAAAGCAAUCUAAGCCGCCACCAUCGCUGGCACCACCGUCAAGGACUGGUACAACCACCGAGGAUCAGAAAAGUAAGUACUGUUUGGAAGCGGG